AUGCCCUCAAUCCUUAGCGAUGCCGACAAGGAAACUGUCAAGCGUCACGUUCCCAAGCCCGCCAACAAGAUUCUUGCCGUGGGUGUCGCGCGACUCUACGUUGCCUACCCCGAUGUACAGAAAUGGACCUAUACCGGCAUUCAAGGGGCUGCAGUACUCUGUAAUGACCUCGUAGGGAGGACAUUCUGGCUCAAAAUGGUUGAUGUCUCGCCGGCUGGCAGAGGCGUGAUCUGGGACCAGGAAAUCUAUGAUAAUUUUGCUUAUAACCAGGACCGCACGUUUUUCCACACGUUCGAGCUCGAAGACUGCCCCGCCGGCCUCUCCUUCGUCGACGAGAAGGAGGCCAAGACCUUCAUCAAGAAGAUGCAGGAGCGCGAGAAACAUGCGAGCAAGGAGACCAGCAAGACCCCCUUCGCAUCUCCUCGAGGUCAAGGGCCCGCGCCAGUUGCAAAUGGAAAAGUCGGCCGGUCAUUGUUCGGUAGCUUGUUGCAUCGCUCGACCCCAGCGCCCCCGCCAACAGCACCUGCACCUUCAAUACAGGUUGCGCCCCCACCGCCGAUACUCUCACCAAGUGCGCCGCCAGCCAAGCCCGAUUUACCAUUUGACACUAGCGAUCCAUCAUGGAAAGGGCUGUUGGAUGAGCUCAAGGGCAUGGGAAUCACCGAGGACCAGAUCGCCGAGAACUCCGAAUUCAUUAAAGCUUGGAUUGAUCAGAAGCAGGCGGCUGCGGCUGAAUCUGCUCCUGCAGAGGAUCUGAACAAGCCGAAGACUGCUCCUCCGCCACCACCGCCUGCUCCCAAAGUGAACUCGAUCAGUCCUCAAGACACUGGAUCAAGCUCGACCAGCCGGCGAGGGCCUCCACCACCUCCACCGUCACGCAAAACGCGCUCCGAGGCACCGGAAGAACGAAUCUCGACCCCUCCGCCUCGCGAACCGUCUCCGCCUGCACGAAGAUUCAAUGCGCCGCCACCUCUUGCAGAUGCCGGAAAGUUCGCUGAGCCAGCUGGCCCUGUGCCUCCGCGGCGUCCGCGGGCAAUCUCGAACGUCAACGCUGGACCUCCGCCGCCCCCGCGACCACCAAAGACCCCAAUGGAAGAGAGUCAAGCUAGCUCAUCCCGAUUUGGAGUACCUCCGCCGUUCUCUGGCGAUAGAAAGGUGUCUGCGCCGCCGGCGCCCCCAAGCCGUAGCCCCCUACCUGGUGGACCCCCACCUCCGCCGCCGCGCACAGCAAGCCCAGCGGCACCACCUCAACUACCCCCCAAGGUUCCUCCUAUGACCACCUCGAGUGGACCUCCUCCACCUCCAGCUAGAGGUCCAAUUUCUCCCCCGCCUCCACCUCCUCCAGCGCCAGCGGCCCGACCUGUACCUGUCGCACCCUCAUCACCUCCCGCUGCUCCUCCACCACCACCUCGAGGCCCAGCUGGGCCUCCUCCUAUCCCGCCCACAGCUUCUCCGGGCCUUCCUCCACCCCCUCCACCCCCUCCACCUGGCUCAUCCGCACCCGGUGGCCUCCCGCCUCCGCCCCCUCCUCCGGGACGGGGCCCAUCAAUGCCACCUCCUCCCCCAGCACCGGGCUCGAGGGCACCAGGAGGACCACCUCCACCUCCACCCCCACCCGGUGCAUCUGGAGGUGGUGCGCCGCCGCCUCCGCCGCCCCCUGGUGGCGCAGCACCUCCCUUGCCCAAGCCCACUGGUGGACACGACAGUCUCCUGGCAUCCAUCCGAGCAUCCGGCGGCCAUGGUGGUGGUGGACUACGCAAAGUCAACGACUCAGAGAAGAAGGAUCGAAGUGCCGCCAUGGUGCCUGGUGGUGCCAACGAAUCGGCUGCUACUCCCAGCUCAGGGGGUGCUCCGCAAGGUGGCUUGGCUGGUGCCUUACAAGAUGCUCUCAACAAGCGGAAACAGAGAGUCAGUGGCAGUGAUGACGAGAAAGACAACGACGACGACUGGUGA